AUGGUCAACUUACUUGAAGACCAUGACGAUAGCGACUAUGAGGAUGAGGUGCACGUCAAGAGAAAUCCUCAAAUGUGGCCAUCCAACUUGACCAACUCGUCGCACGCCGAAGCUGGACUUCUCGAGGCUUCCGAUGGAAUUCUUCCUGGAUGUGUUGGUCAAGCCAAUCGUAUGAUUCGCAUUGCCUUCCUCCGAAAAGUGCUCGGUAUCGUCGGAUUCCAACUCCUCUUCACCAUCGGAAUCUGUGUUGCCAUUUACCAUAUUCCAAAUUCCAAGACUUUUCUUCAAAAUCAGUGA